CUKACACGAGAAAAUAAAGCAUUCCUUGUACCGUUGAUACUUGGAAACGUUGAGUGAGUCAAGGUUUGUUUCUUGUUCUUGCGUAUUGACAAAUMAGYGAGAAGAAGGACUCCUCGAUUCGAUAGCRCCKACUGAUUAUUAUUUCAUUACAUCCAAGUACACUYGGAAGAUAAMAUAAGAAUARUAGAAUGAAGUGGUCCUCCAGMGCUAUCUUUGCCCUCAUCGCAGGAAGUGCUAGUCAAGCAUGGGGCUUUGCUCCGUACACUCCUGUCGGAACAUCGGUGAAGUCUGAGUCUUCCCUCGUCAUGAAGGAUUACCCCAAACCCAACGUCGAAAAUACCGAUAACUACCGUCUGUACAACGAAUUGUCCAGUUCUUUCAAUAACAAACUUAAGAUURACGGAACCGACCAGAAGAAAAAGGUCGCCAUCAUCGGUGGAGGACUCUCGGGAYUGGCCUGUGCCAAGUAUUUGUCGGAUGCUGGUCACGAACCCACCGUCUACGAAGCCCGUGAUGUAUUGGGUGGAAAAGUUUCCGCAUGGCAAGACGAGGAUGGUGAUUGGAUUGAAACCGGAUUGCACAUUUUCUUCGGAGCCUACCCCAACAUGAUGAAUCUUUUUGACGAACUCGACAUYCACGAUCGCCUUCAAUGGAAGAUUCACCAAAUGAUUUUUGCCAUGCAGGAGUUGCCCGGUGAAUUCACCACCUUUGAUUUCAUCCCCGGAAUCCCCGCACCAUUUAACUUUGGAUUGGCUAUUUUGCUGAACCAGAAAAUGUUGACUUUGGGAGAGAARCUCCAAACUGCCCCUCCUCUCUUGCCKAUGUUGAUCGAAGGACARUCGUUCAUCGAUGCACAGGACGAACUCAGUGUCACUGAUUUCAUGAGAAAAUAUGGUAUGCCUGAACGYAUCAACUCUGAGGUCUUCAUUGCWAUGGCCAAAGCCCUCGACUUUAUUGAUCCCGAUAAGCUGUCGAUGACGGUUGUCUUGACUGCCAUGAACCGUUUCUUGAACGAAGACAAUGGUUURCAGAUGGCAUUUUUGGACGGAAACCAACCUGACAGACUCUGUGCUCCCAUGAAAGAACACAUCGAAGCAAGAGGCGGAAACGUUGUCAUGAACUCUCCCAUCCAAGAGAUCGUUGUCGAUGAAGCCGAUGGCAAGUCCAUUAAGCACUUGCUCUUGCGAAGCGGAGAAAAGAUCGUUGCCGACGAAUAUGUUUCGGCCAUGCCAGUCGAUAUCGURAAGCGCAUGACGCCAAAGGAAUGGCAACAAAUGCCUUACUUCCGCCAGUUCGAUGAACUCGAGGGUAUCCCUGUCAUCAACCUUCACAUGUGGUUCGAUCGCAAACUCAAGGCUGUCGAUCACUUGUGCUUUUCAAGAUCGCCCUUGYUGAGUGUUUACGCCGACAUGAGUGUUACCUGCAAAGAAUACUACGAUCCCGAUGCCAGUAUGUUGGAAUUGGUCUUUGCYCCGUGCUCUCCUAUUGCCGGAGGAAAUACCAACUGGAUUUCSAAGACGGACGAACAGAUCAUUGACGCCACCAUGGGAGAGUUGGCAAGACUGUUCCCCACCGAGAUCGCCGCCGAUGAMAAGUGGCCAUCCACCAAGAACCAGGGACCUAACGGACAAGCUCGUCUGCGCAAAUACUCUGUUGUGAAGGUACCACGAUCUGUAUACGCCGCUAUCCCCGGACGUAACAAGUACCGACCAGGACAACGAAGUCCMAUCCCUAACCUUACAAUGGCCGGUGACUGGACAUCGCAGAAGUUUUUGGGAUCUAUGGAGGGUGCCGUUCUUGGAGGCAAGCUUGCGGCCGAAAUUGUUGCCAAGAAGGCCAAGGGAAUUGAGCUUCCUGAAUACAAGGAAAUCCAGCAGCACAUCAUCGAUGGCGCUAAGGACUACGAGCCCAAGAMACCAUGGGGUGUCAAGGGCGAGGGUGSCAUCGCCUUUGGUGCUGGUGCCACUCUGACGACCAAGGCCGAGGACCUUCUUAAGGAAGUCGACCCAGUUCAAUUUGCUUAGAUACUACCCAAAGUUCGAGGCACUUCGCGCUGUCUGAACACAUUUGGAAUUACCUCAUAACSAAUCAAAGCUACGUAAACUU